AUGCUCACAACCCAUGAACAAACCCUCCUCACAGCCGCCACCGCAACCAUAACCUCAAUCCCAGCAUCUGACAUGCACAGCGUUGCCAGCGCCGCCAGCGACGCUUCAGGCCGGAUUUACAAGGGAGUGAACGUGUACCAUUUCACGGGGGGGCCGUGUGCCGAGCUGGUCGUUCUGGGGAUGGCAGCCGCGGCGGCCGCAGGGCCACUCACGCACAUAGUAGCUGUGGAUCAGAAGCAGAAGAUUUUAAGCCCUUGUGGCCGGUGUCGACAGAUUCUCCUCGAUUUGCAUCCAGGAGUGAAGGUGAUCGUGCAGGACGGGGAGGAGAAACGCACGGCGGGGAUGAAGGAGUUGUUGCCCUGGGGCUACUGCGAUGACAACGCAUGGGAACGUAUGGUCAAACGUAUUCAAGUCAGUGUUAAGGAAUCUCUGAAGGAGAAGGCAGACCAGACUUAA